AUGGGAAGUCAAAUCAGCAGAACAACUGGGCAAAAUGGUAGCCGCCGCCGCCAACCGCCAUCGCCAUCACCGGAGCCAACGGCGCGAACGACCUCCAGCUCUGACACAGAGGUGACACCGGAGGGAUCCACCAGUCACCGCCACCCUCCAACACCGGAGCCACCAGCUCGAACGACUUCCAAUUCCAACACAGAGUCAACUCCAGGGGAAGCUGAUCUGAGCUCCUACGAGGCUGCGUGCCAAGUCGAUCCGGACCUUCGGACCUUCGACUCGACUCUCCAAGUCCGCACAAGGCAAGCCAUCAACUCCAUAGCCAUUGGCUUAGAGGUUCGUUCCCUGUCCCUUGACUCCCUCCGGGAAGUCACUGAAUGCCUUCUUGAAAUGGACCAAGAAGUGGUUAAAAUUAUUCUUCAAAACAAGGAAGACAUCUGGAAAAAUAAAGAACUAUCGGAUCUUGUUGAUGAUUAUUUCAAAAAUAGUCUUCAAAUGUUAGAUUUUUGUAUUGCCCUCGAUUCGUGUCUAAAGCGAGCCGGGCACAUGGAGUCUAUAAUCAAUGUAGCCCUCCGAGUAUUUGAGGAAGAACAUUACCGUAUUCCUGGAGAAGGGGGAGUGAAAAGUUAUUCAAGAACUUUGGAGGAAUUGAGGAAUUUAAAGGGGAUGGGCGGUCCGUUCACAGAGGAGUUCUUUAAAAUGUUUUCCACAGUUUAUAAUCAGCAAAUUUUGAUGUUAGAGAAAUUGCAAGCGAAAAAGAAACAGCUUGACAAAAAGUUGGGGAGAAUGAGGACUUGGAGGAGGGUAUCGAACGUGAUAUUUGUGGUGGCAUUUGCCUCGGUUCUGAUAUGCUCGGUGGUGGCAGCUGCAGUUACUGCCCCACCUGUAGUGACAGCUCUGGCUGCAGCAGCUGCCGCGCCUUUAGGGUCAAUGGGGAACUGGCUUAAUACAAGUUGGAAGAAGUGGGAGAAGGAACUAAGGGGGCAAAGGGAGAUAAUUACUUCAAUGCAGAUUGGAAGUUACAUCGUUAUUAAGGACUUAGAUAGCAUAAGGGUGCUUGUUGACCAGUUUCAGAUUAAGAUCGAGGCUUUGUUGGGGAAUGCAGAUUUUGCAUUGAGACAGGAUGGCGCGGUGGUUAUUGCAGUGGAGGAGAUUAGGAAGAAAGUGAGUGACUUUAUGAAGAUCAUUCAAGAUUUGAAUGAGCACGCAGAUAAAUGUACCCGAGAAACAAAGAUGGCAAGGGCUUUAAUAUUGCGGAGGAUCAUAAAUCACCCUAGCAGCUUGAAUCAGGACUUUGGUAUGUUUUCCUAA